CGGUUGCUCACUCGGAUGCAGCGGGUCGGUAGCGGUCUCCCCAAGGGGAGCCAGGUGGCGUCCCAGUCUCCCAGCACAGCCCGCACUGGGCGGAAGAACCAGGUGGCCACGCUGCCGGUGCAGCAGCUCGGGGACGAUGUGUCAGCUGUGCGGAGCAAUAUCCACGUGGAGAACGGUUUCAAGAUGAAGAUGGAUGCCCAGGGCUUCAACCCGGAGGAGCUGGUGGUGCAAGUGGACGGCCAGUGCCUGACAGUGACGGGCCAGCGGCAAAAGGAGAGCUAUGGCUCAGAUGGGAGCGGCUACCGCAUGGAGCAGAAGUUGCACCGCCAAGUGCUACUACCACCGAACCUGGAUCCCGCCGGCAUGACCUGCUGCUUAACACCCUCGGGCCAGCUGUGUAUCCGAGGCCAGUGCGGGGCGCUGCCUUCCGCUGAAGCCCAAACAGGACACUCCUCGAAACUCAAGAGUCACCGCUCUAAGGGUUCCAACUUAGCCUGA